AUGGACGCCCCGGAGUACCGCCGUCCUCUGCCCGGGCCGGGAAGUCCGGCUCUCGAUGGCCGUCACUCCUCAUCGGCCGGCUCAGCCGCCGCAGCCAGCAGUCCCCGUGGAGACUCACGGAAAAGAAGCUUCAGCUCCGCCGCCGAUCAGCACUCGCCUCUGUCCGAUGAGUUGGUCGGGACUGGGUCUUCCUCCUCCGCUGCCGCCGCCGCUGCAGCGAAUCGCCGCAAAUUGCAGAAAGUCAGCCGCGCGUGCGACUUUUGUAAGCAGCGCAAGGCGAGGUGCAGCGGGACUAUCCCCUGCGACAAGUGUACCAGAAAGGGCCUCACGUGCGUCUACGAUGCAAAGUACUCCCGCGGGCGCCCACCGACACCUCCGCCCUCGGCUGUGUGGUCUACAGGCUCCAACGCCGUAUCCGGAUCCGAGGAGCCGCCUGUUGUCAUGUACCGAACUACUGAAGAGGGAGGCGGAGAACACGUCGCUGCACCGGCCGCACCGUCGCGUUCGUUGAGAGGACAUGUACGCGAGAGCCAGGGUCCGGCGUCGCGGGCCUCGCCCGAACUCGGUAUGGCUGAGAUCCAGGGCCAGAUCUUUGACCCGACGUCGGGCGUGACUUUCUUGCACAGGGCGUGGAAGCGGCUCUCGAAACAUGAGAGUAACAUCGUCCCGGACGAGCUCAGCGCCUCAACCGAGAGCCAGCCACUCAUGCUGGCUGGUGAUAAGCCGCUACCCCCUGUUACUGACGAGGAUGUGGCCAACUUGUCGCUGCCGGAUUCCAGAGAGAUUCAAGAUCUACUGGCGCUGUACUUUGAUGUAUCUAUCGCGACCUACCGCGUCCUGCACCGACCUUCCGUAGAGGCAUGGCUAAAGACCAUGAUCAACAACCUUCGCCACGGGAAAGCCGUCUGGCAGGACAUUGGCCGGGGUAAAGCGUCGAUUGUCCUCACGGCGCUUGCCAUUGCCACCGCUCACAACGAAAAGUCCAAGGGGUUUCACUCGCCGGAAGGCGAGGCUUUAUCCCUGGCUCGGAGUGACCAACUCUUCUGCGUCGCCUUGCAGCUCACAGAGCGUGAGACGGGGCUCCCUCGGCUGGAGUCAGCCCAGUCACGCUUGAUACAGGUUCUCUACCUCCUCACCACGUCGCGCAUGAACCGUGCCUGGUACACCUUUGGAAACGCGCUUCAGAUCAUAUCUGCGCUGGGUAUGCACCGAAAGGCGGCUAAGAAACGGCACUUGACACCGGGCAACUCGGAUUAUAUCCAGGCGCAGUGUCGUAUGCGGACAUUCUGGACCAGCUAUGUUCUAGACAAGUACCUGGGCGUCAUAUUCGGCCGUCCACGUCACUUUCACGACGAUGAUAUCGACCAAGACUACCCGGAUAGGAUCGACGACGAGGAUAUGACUGUACAAGGACCCAUUGAGAGAUCGGAAGAACAUUCAGACUGUCACAUUGACGCGCUGAUAUUCCACGCCAAAAUUGCACAAAUAAUCGGAAACACAUCGAGAGAAGUCUACUCAAUAAAAGCCAUCUCAGAACAAGAGCGCGUCGCCGCCGCACACCGCCUCAGCAAAAAGAUCCACGAAUGGCGCGCCAGUCUCCCGCCUCACCUCGGAUCGAUCCGCCCCUCCAUGCUGAUCCCAAGUUUCCGUCGCCAAGCAACGGUCCUUAAGCUGGCCUACUCCCACGCCAUCAUGCACGCGAACCGCCUCUUUCUUCUGGGCAACUUGAGCUCCGGCAGCGAGACGCAGAUCCUAGAGUGCAUUGGCGCAGCGAGGACGGUGCUCGAGACAGUCGACGGCAUGGCCGCUGAGGGUCCCAUCUUCCACGCCUUUUGGUGGACGCAGUAUGUCACGUUCUGCGCUCUACUAGUCACGUAUGUUUGGGAUAUCCAGCAGAAGCGGCGAGGCAUUACGCUCGAGGGUGAAGGCAAGGUAAAGCAUACUAAGCUCAUGGACUUGGCUGAGCGGUGCCAGACGCAUCUUGCUCACGCCACGGCUACCAACUCACCGAGUCGCCGAUACGCCAUCAUCCUGGAAGAAUUCAGGACAGAGGGACUCGGCCAGAUGUCACGGCAAACACAGGUAGCUUCACAGGCGCCCCGGACUUCUGCACCUCGACUGGCUGCGCCGUCUGCGGAUGCUCACGUGCCGCCCCCGCAGGCGAAUGGAGGCAAUGGGGGAGCUUCGAUGGCGGCCGACGGAUUCGACUUUAACCAUGCGUAUGAUGCCGAGUCUGGCCCCGUUGAUCUUAUGGACCAGGGCGAUGCAGGGUUCCUUGGUUCUAACUUGCUUGAUGAGUGGCAGACAACUGAUUGGCUAGACCUCGACUCUUCUGCCUUCGGCCCAUACCUGGACAUUGAUUCAAAUCCGUUGGCUUGGAUGCCGGAUAUAGGCGGCUAG